AUGCUGAGCAUACAGGAAAAAUGCUCCUGCCACGUCAGGCUGUGGGAGGCGAAGGCAGGAACGCCACUCAGCACCCACAGCAGCACUUCUCCGUCCUCUGACAGACCCGGUGCUUCACAUGUAGUCGUCUCCCUCGUGAAAAACUAUCCAAACUAUCUGAUUAUAAAUCUAGAUAAGCUCAACUACUGUGCAAGCCUGAAGAACCUUGAGACAGUCUCUGAGAAGAAAAACUACAAGUUUAUCCAGGGAGAUAUUUGUGAACCUAAUUUUAUAAAACAGCUCUUUGAAACUGAGAAGAUAGAUAUAGUACUUCAUUUUGCAGCCCAAACACAUGUAGAUCUUUCAUUUUGGCAUGCUCUGGAGUUCACCUAUGUGAAUGUUUAUGGCACUAAUGUGCUGGUUGCUGCUGCGCAUGAAGCCAAUGUGGAGAAGUUUGUCUAUGUCAGUACAGAUGAAGUAUAUGGAGGCAGCACUGAUAAGGAAUUUGAUGAAUCCUCACCAAAACGUCCAACAAAUCCUUACGCUUCCUCUAAAGCAGCUGCAGAGUGCUUUGUUCAGUCUUACUGGGAAAGGUACCAAUUUCCAGUUGUUAUUACACGGAGCAGCAAUGUUUAUGGACCACACCAGUAUCCAGAAAAAGUUAUUCCAAAGUUUAUAUCUUUGUUGCAACAGAACAGAAAAUGCUGUAUUCAUGGUUCUGGACUUCAAAGAAGGAAUUUCCUUUAUGCAACUGAUGUAGUAGAAGCAUUCCUUACUGUCCUGAAGGAGGGAAAGCCAGGUGAAAUUUAUAACAUUGGAACUAACUUUGAGAUGUCCAUUACCCAACUUGCUAAGGAGCUUAUCCACUUAAUAAAGGAGACCAGUUCAGAAUCUGAAAUGGAACACUGGAUGGAUUAUGUCAAAGACAGACCUACCAAUGACCUGAGAUAUCCAAUGAAUUCAGAAAAAAUGCACAACUUAGGAUGGAGACCUAAAGUGCCUUGGAAAGAAGGAAUAAAGAAAACAAUUGAAUGGUACAAAGAAAACUUCCACAACUGGAAAAACCCAGAGAAGGCUUUGGAGCCUUUUCCUGUGACAGAGCCAUUUGCACAGCUCAGCGGUCCAUAGGGUGGCAGAGAACCUGAAGGAAUUUAUUCUACCUCAUACAAUCUUUUCUUCCCAGCCUGCAAUCAAGUGGCCUCACUGGACUCUUAAUGUCUUGAAGAUAAAUGAACCACAAUGAAUACAGAACUACAGUGUGUCACGACUUUGGAAGGGUUUCAGCACUUUAUUAGUCAAACCUGUUAAUUUCAGCUUUUGGUGCAAUAUUAUGUUCUCCCUAAGUAUUGAUUUUAAAGACCUGUACAGGGUGAAGAAUAUUUAUAAUGCUAUAAUUUAGUGUAACUGAUGUCAAAUCUCCCUUAUU